AUGGGUCUCACCAUUGGGAAGAGGCGGUUUGUGCGACCGUUUCACACGUCUUUUGUGUGCCAGAGUGUUUCUAUUAAAGAUGAUAGCUAUCAAUAUAUCCAAAAGCCCAAGGUUCCUACAAUGCACUUUCAGAAAUCUCUUCUUCGCCUCCCAAUUCCAGAAUUAGAGAAAACCUGUGCACGCUAUCUUCGUUCACAAAAGGCAAUCUUGUCACCUGAAGAAUAUCAGGUAACAGAGAAGGCUGUAGAACACUUCAAGACUGGGGCUGGUUUAGACUUGCAAGAUCAACAUGACAAGGCUAAUAAACAUACCAGCUAUAUAUCAGGACCUUGGUUUGACAUGUAUCUGAGGGACCGUGUUCCUGUCGUACUGAACUAUAACCCUUUUCUUGCCUUCUUGCCUGAAGAGAAACCUGGUUACUCUGACCCAGUCAUUCGUGCUUCAAAUAUCCUUGUUUCAUCAAUGAGGUUCAUGCACACACUUCGUGAGGAGGUAUUGGAGCCGGUGGUAUAUCAUCUGAAUCCAGCAAAAACUGAUAAUCAGCAAUUCCGCAAUAUUGUUCGCUGGAUACCAUCUUUGUUGGAUGCUUUUGUUUUCUUUCUUUUCCAGGUUUUCCCUUUGGAUAUGUCACAAUUUGGCAACCUUUUUAACUCCACACGUAUUCCAGAAUUUGGGAAGGAUAUGAAGUGCAAUCCAGAUGCUCGCCAUAUGCUUAUGAUGAAGAAUGGCCACUUCUAUGUAUUGAUAUAUUUGAUAGUGAUGGUAAACAUUCUGUCUCCAAGCUAUGUACAUGCAUGUGUAUCAUACAUAGCCAGUAGUCAGACCCCACCACCGUUGCACUCUGUGGCCAUUCUUUCAUCUGAAAAUCGAGACACUUGGGCUAAGUGUAGAGCAGAACUUAUAGAAGCAGGGAAUGAGGAAGCCCUGGAUGCAAUUGAUACUGCAGCUUUCAACAUCGUGCUUGAUGAUCAUGAUGUCGGCACGGACCCAGAGAAGUAUCGUACUUUUCUCUAUGGCAAUGGCAAGAACAGGUAUAUGGUUGAUAAGUCAUUCUCUAUAUUAAAACGUGAUGGACAAUCUGCUCUUAACUUUGAGCAUGCCUGGGGUGAUGGAGUAGCUGUGAUGAGUUACUUUAAUGAGGUAGCUAAAGAAAUAAAUGAAAAGCCGUUCAUUCACCCAGAUAGCAAACCAGCAAAUAUUGAUGCCUCACAACAUGUCCGCAGGUUGGAAUUUAACUUGACUCCAAGUCUACAACAAGCCAUUGAAAAUGCAGUUCAGACAUAUGAAGCAAACACCAGUGCCUUGCAGGUUGAUGUCUUGGAGAGUGAUGUAUUUGGGAAAAAUUCAUGCAAAAAACACAAAGUUUCUCCUGAUGCAAUGAUGCAGUUGGGAUUCCAGGUUGCGUAUUACCUCCAAAAUGGAACAACUGUUGCUACAUAUGAAUCAUGCAGCACUUCAGCUUUUAAACAUGGUCGCACAGAAACUGUUCGGCCAGCUACUUUAGAAACUUCAGCAUUUUCAAGAGCAGUGGCAUCAUCCCAACCUCCUAGUAAUGCAGAAUUGAAAAGCAUCAUUAUGGAGUGCUCAAAAGUUCAUGGAAACUUGACCAAAGAAGCAGCAAUGGGUAAGUAUAUACCUAUUACAUUUAUCAUUACAUAUAACCCUCUGUUAUUAUGAGUUCUGUUUUUGUAC